AUGGGAACUGAGGUGGAUGCGCUUGAACAAAAGCGUACGUGGGAUAUUUGUGAUUUACCUCCUGGCAAAGAAGCUCUUGGUUGUCUUUGGGUUUACAAGACGAAGUAUAAUUCUGAUGGUACUAUCGAGAGAUACAAGGCUCGGCUAGUUGUCCAGGGCAAUCAUCAGAUUGAAGGAGAAGAUUUCGAUGAAACUUUUGCUCCUGUUGUCAAGAUGAAUACUGUUCGUUCUGUUCUUCGUCUUGUCGCAUCUAAAAACUGGGAGGUUUACCAAAUGGACGUCAACAACGCUUUCCUUCACGGUGACUUAGAAGAGGAAGUGUACAUGAAACUUCCUCCAGGGUUUCGUCACUCUCAUCCUGGCAAAGUUUGCCGUCUUCGUAAGUCAUUGUACGGGCUCAAACAGGCUCCGCGUUGCUGGUUCAAGAAGCUUUCUGAUGCAUUGCUUCGUUUUGGUUUUGAUCAGUCGUAUGAUGAUUACUCUUUGUUCUCUUACUCGCGCAAGAACAUUGAGCUACGGGUUCUCGUUUAUGUGGAUGAUCUCAUUAUUUGUGGUAAUGACUCUUACAUGAUUCAGAAAUUUAAAGAUUACUUGAGUAAAUGUUUCUCCAUGAAAGAUUUGGGGAAACUGAAGUAUUUUUUGGGCAUCGAAAUAAGUAGAGGACCCGAGGGUAUGUUCCUUUCCCAACGCAAGUAUGCGUUAGACAUUAUCGCCGAAACUGGCAAUCUUGAAGUAUCGGCGGCUCAUGGGCCGACUCAUAUAUCUACUCAAUACAAGACCAGAGUUGUGCUACUUGUUCACCUGUUGUCUCAAUUCAUGAAGGAACCAAAAGUGGCUCAUUGGGAAGCAGCCUUGCGUGUUGUUCGUUUCUUAAAAGGAUCUCCUGGCCAGGGUAUUUUCUUGUCGUCUGAUCCUGAUCUUACCCUCACGGUCUAUUGUGAUGUUGAUUAUAACUCGUGUCCGUUAACUCGCCGGUCUCUUAGCGCGUUCGUGGUUUUACUUGGUGGCUCCCCAGUUGCUUGGAAAACAAAGAAACAAGACAUGGUCUCUCAUUCUUCCGCUGAAUCAGAAUAUCGUUCAAUGGCUGUGGCUCUCCGUGAGAUUAAGUGGUUUCGGCGAGUGUUAGCCGGACUUGGUAUUGAUCAGUCAAAGCCGACACGGUUGUUUUGUGACAAUAAGGCGGCCAUUCACAUUGCCUCCAAUCCAGUUUUUCAUGAGAGAACGAAACAUAUUGAAUCUUAUUGUCACGCUGUAAGGGAUGCUGUUCAAGAAGGAGUUAUUGUGACUGAUCAUGUGAGAACAGAGGAGCAGUUGGCUGACAUACUUACAAAGGCACUUGGGCGUGCUCCAUUUCAGUAUCUAUUAUCCAAGUUGGGCGUUCGUAAUCUCCACGCUCCAACUUGA